CUAUGCUGACAUCCACAUGCUGCUCAGUCUCUCUCUGUAGAAGGCAGCGGAGCAGCUGGAAGGAGACAGACACCGGGAGGAAGACCGGGAGCCCGCACUACCGAACCGUCAUCCGCAGAGGCACCAGCCCUAACCCAUCAUCCUUAGAGGCACCGGCAGCCCAUCAUCCUCAGAGGCACCGGCAGCCCAUCAUCCUCAGAGGCACCAGCCCAUCAUCCUCAGAGGCACCGGCAGCCCUAGCCCUUCAUCCUCAGAGGCACCGGCAGCCCUAGCCCUUCAUCCUCAGAGGCACCGGCAGCCCAAGCCCUUCAUCCUCAGAGGCACCGGCAGCCCAUCAUCCUCAGAGGCACCGGCAGCCCAUCAUCCUCAGAGGCACCGGCAGCCCAUCAUCCUCAGAGAGCGCAGGAUACAAGCCCCAGUGUGAUACAGCAGCGGAGGUAUCAGUGGUGUUUGUGCUGGAGGAGCCCCGGACACUUGUCCCCCUCUCUGGUACUGGGAGGUGGUGUCUCUCUGGGAAUUGCACCAUACGGAAUAACCCCGGAGUUAUUGCACAUGCAGGAGGCACCCGGAGGAGGCACUGGCCGCACUCAGUGACUGGGGAUUCCGGAGCUGUGCACUGUGUGACUGAAGAUGGAUUUCCUGCUGGUUAUUGUGGGAGUUUUGUGUCUGCGCCUCCCAGGAUCCGGAGUGUCAGGGCAGGAAGUGAGUUCCUGUGGCGGGCGACUGAAUGCCAAAGACGCCGGCUAUAUCACCUCGCCGGGUUACCCCAACGACUACCCGUCCCAUCAGAACUGCGAAUGGGUCAUCAGCGCACCGGAACCCAACCAGAAGAUUGUGCUGAACUUCAACCCGCACUUUGAAAUCGAAAAACACGAUUGCAAAUAUGACUUCAUCGAAAUCCGAGACGGAGACAGCGAGUCGGCGGAGUUGCUAGGAAAACACUGCGGAAGCAUUGCACCUUCCACCAUUACUUCAUCAGGCUCGCACAUCUACAUCCGCUUCAUCUCGGACUACGCACGCCAAGGAGCCGGCUUCUCUCUGCGUUACGAGAUCUUCAAGACAGGUUCUGAGGAUUGUUCACGCAACUUCACCAACACCAACGGCACCAUUGAGUCUCCCGGCUACCCGGACAAAUACCCGCACAACUUGGACUGUGUAUUCACGAUCCUGGCCAAGCCAAAGAUGGAGAUCAUCUUGCAGUUCCUGACCUUUGACCUGGAGCACGACCCUCUUCAAGCUGGCGAGGGGGAUUGCAAAUACGACUGGCUGGACAUCUGGGAUGGCAUUCCAAAUGUGGGGCCCUUGAUUGGCAGGUACUGCGGCACCAAGACUCCCUCCGAGAUCCGCUCUUCGACUGGAAUCCUCUCCCUCACCUUUCACACCGACAUGGCGGUGGCUAAAGAUGGGUUUUCUGCUCGCUAUUUCCUCACCCCACAGGAGGUGCCUGAGACUUUCCAGUGCAAUGUGCCCCUGGGAAUGGAAUCGAGGCGGAUAUCCAACGAGCAGAUCACGUCCUCCUCUACAUACACCGAUGGCAGGUGGACAGCCCAACAGGGCAGACUCAACAGUGACGACAAUGGCUGGACACCCAACACGGACCACGUUCGGGAGUAUCUGCAGAUCGAUCUCCGCUUCCUGACGCUGCUGACGGCGGUAGCCACCCAGGGCGCUGUCUCCAAAGAGACCCAGACGGCCUAUUAUGUCCAAACCUACAAGCUGGAAGUCAGCACCAACGGGGAAGACUGGAUGACGUUUCGGCACGGGAAGAACCACAGGAUUUUCCCCGGAAACAAUGACCCCACGGAGGUUGUGCUGAACAAGAUUCCCCAGCCGGUGCUGACGCGUUUCGUCCGCUUCCGCCCUCAGACGUGGCACACCGGAGUCGCAAUGCGGGUGGAGCUGUUUGGCUGCAAGAUCACAGAUUCUCCCUGCUCUAAUAUGCUUGGGAUGAUGUCCGGACUUAUUUCCGACACCCAGAUCACAGCCUCUUCCACCCGAGAAUACCUAUGGCUGCCGGGGGUGGCGAGGUUAGUCAGCAGCCGGUCAGGAUGGUACUCCCAUAUGACGCCUGAGCAGGCUGGCAAGGAGUGGCUGCAGGUGGAUCUGGGAGCGCUUAAGACCGUGAAAGGCGUCAUUAUACAGGGAGCCCGAGGUGGCGACACUUCCACAGAAAACAGGGCGUUCGUGCGGAAGUUCAAAGUGGCCCAUAGCUCGAACGGCAAAGACUGGGAGUUCAUCCAGGACUCGAGAACAGAGCAGGCCAAGUUGUUCGAGGGCAACAUGCACUAUGACACGCCUGAAGUGCGCAGGUUUGAGCCGGUAGCCUCGCAGUUUGUCCGAGUUUAUCCAGAACGGUGGUCUCCAGCUGGAAUGGGAAUGAGAAUGGAGAUAUUGGGCUGUGAUAGAACAGAGACAAAACCUACCUCAGAGACAGCGAAACCCACUACAAAGACAGAAGAGGCGACAACGCAAGGGACGCCAGAGGAGGAGACAAGUGAUUCUACAGAUUGUCUGGUGCCGUCUGGAUUUAAUUGCAAUUUUGACCAUUCAGAAGACGUCUGUAGCUGGACACAUGAUAUUGAAGCUGAUUUUACGUGGUCCUUCCACCCCAAUAGCCCAUGGAUGGGGCAUUCCGGCUCUUCUCCUGCCAGUAGCAAGAACUAUCUGCGGCUACCCAGCAGCGGGAGACGAGAAGGGCAUCACGCACGGCUACUGAGCCCCACUAUGCACCAGCCCAGAUGCGUCCUUUGCUUGGUGUUCCGGUAUCGCGCCUCCGGUACGAGCAGCGGAACUCUACAGGUGUUGCGAAGAUCGAGCCAGGAGACCAAGUUACUGUGGAAAAUACGAGAGGAGGCGGGCAGCGAAUGGAAAGAUGGCAGAAUCCUCCUACAGAGUUACGAGGGAGAUUACCAGGUUGUCAUCGAUGGAAUUGUUGGCCGGGGGCAGUCUGGAGAGAUCGCUGUGGAUGACAUUCGGAUCGCCAACGACAUCCCGCUGGAACACUGUAUGGAACCCAUCACUGCGUUCCCCCCGCCUACUGUAUAUCCAGUGGACGUUCCGGUGGUAAGAAAUGAUUAUGAUUCUCUGGGACGUAAUGUUGGAGGAAAACUUGGCGACUACGAGUCUUAUACGGCUUUUCCUACGAGUAUUGUAGUGACACCAAGAUCUGACAAAGAAGAGAGUUGGCUUUAUACUUUGGAUCCAAUCUUGGUCACCAUUAUCGCCAUGAGUUCCCUCGGAGUCCUUCUUGGAGCCAUAUGUGCCGGCCUGCUACUGUACUGCACGUGUUCCUACACUGGGCUGUCGUCUCGCAGUUCCACCACUUUGGAGAACUACAAUUUCGAGCUGUAUGAUGGAAUAAAACACAAGGUCAAAAUAAACCCUCAGAAAUGUUGUUCCGAGGCAUGACAGAAGCUUGCAAUCUCGUAACAGUGGACACUUGGUGUGGUCACCAUUUGGCUAAAUCUCUGGCCAUCACAAGUGGUGGUCCUUAAUUAGCUAUUUCAGCUGCUUUUCUUUAUAGAGACACUGAAAUGAUACAGAAAUUGAGUUACCACAAACUACAGAAGGCAAAAAAAUCUUUUUGAAGGAAAUUGCUUGAAAGGAAGGGAUAGUUCAGCCUUUCCGGUGAUGCCUCCCAGUUUUACCAAUCUCUUCUCCUGUGCUGAAACAUCCUACGUGUAACAGUGCGUACAGUAUACCUCCACGGAGGAUCGACAGCGAUAAGUGUAGUUUGCCUCACCACUUGGACUCUUGAGGGACAGCAGCCCUUUGCAGUGGGAUGAGAUGAACCUCUACCAGGGAAGAAUUGCGCAACAGCGUCUGCAUAUGAGCAGCGGAGCCUUAAAUUAACUUGUGAUUAAGAGCCAUUUUCUACAACCAGGUCUCUAAUGGAAAGUGACCGUCCGCAUUUUUAUGUCUCUUACAUAAUUUGCUUUUCUUUCAAAAAUGCCUAGAACAAAGGACAAAUUUUUAAAGGGUGUUCUAUUCAGAGCUGGCUUUGAUUGUACCUUUUAUGUAUUGUAUGUUUGGGUUGGGGGGGGGGAAUCAUUACAUUUCAUAUAUUGUUUUUCGCGAGGCCUAUGAAAUUUAUGUUUGACCCCCUAAACUGCGUUUACUAUCAACGUGCACCUCUGACCUGGACACUGCGGAGGCAGACAUUCUGCCAUCCAAUAUUCUUAAGAACUAAUGGUGGCCUCCACUAUACAGGUAAUGGAGCGCAUUCCUUAUAGAUCUAGUCAAUCACCUUUCUUGCUAACUAUGGAAGGAGAACAGAGAUUUGCUAACAGUCUGGCCAAGAUCUUGAGACCACGUAUAAGAGUGUGAAUGUCAUCUCUGUCUAUUCGUAGGGCUCCUCUUGUCCCUGCCUGAGCCUAGUUAUUGUUAAGCCUAUGCCUUCCCUAGUGUUGCUGCAGAAUACAUAUGUAUUUGUUUGUGCUGAGAUGGAAUAGCCACUGUUGUCUUGGGUGAGAUUAAAGUAAGCCAUCUCUUUUUAUAGAAAUCAUAGAGCGGACUUGGGCCGUUCUACAAGGUCUUCACAAAACACAGAUUUUCUGCAUUACUAGCAAAGUUCUCGUUCAUGUAUAUGCAGAAAAGAAAAACCUAGAAUGAAAUGUUUCCUCUACAGCUGCAGGAUUGCGACUGUCCGGCCUUAUAAAUCAGCAAUGAUGAUGAUGACUGUGUUUCUAACUGUGUGUGCAGACGAAUUCUUAAUAUAUUUAUUGCUUCAAGGAUCGAAACACCAAGUAGCAACCGUGAUUCCAGGCAAAGUUGUAACUCCGUUCCUCAAUCCAUUGCCAGAUGUAUAAAUGAUCCAUAGCUGCUCUGGACUACCAAUAGCAAGGUUAGGUAUAAGAUAGGCCUCAUGAUACAAGAGUAUGUAGACUGGGGGCUGUCCAACAGCUAUAGAGUCACAGGUUACCUGUGCCCACCUUACAACCUUGUAGAAAUUCUUUACAGGUCUACUGAGUCCUCACAACUGCUCCGGAUUCCAAAAACUUUUCUGGCCAAUUCACAAGCAGAGCAGCAAUGUGCUACCGGUCCGCAGGAGACGUUGCAUAUACAUUUCUUACCUAUUGACCACACAUUAGGAAUAAGAGGUUAGCAGUUCACUGUAAGUACAUAUCUAUAGGUCAGGAGAGAACAUUUUAAGAAGCACUUAGUAGCAAUCACAAGGGGCAAUAACUUGCAUUUAUUUUCUUAAGUUAUUUUGGUGCCUAUAAAGUUAAAAAUGAGAAUGAUUUGUUAUUGAUAAUGAUGUUUAUUGAUUGUAAUACCCAACCCACUGACGUAUGUGUUUUUUUGGGAGGACAAAAUAGCCGUAUCUCGUGUCUUAUGCUUAUUAGGUGUUUUUGUUGUGUCUUUUUAUUAAUUAAGGAAAACAGGGGUUGUUUACACAUCAGGAGCAGCUGCAUAGUUAUAUAGAACUUCAUUUUAAGUAUAGUCCCGUUUCCUGUUUAAGUGCCUUGGAUACACCGCAUGAACAUUCAGCAGAAGGAGUCCUUUACUUGGUGGACCCCUAUGAGUCUUGUUAGGUCCACGAGGUGGUGGCCUGGUGCGGAAGACUGGUGCACAGUUCCUUUUGCCAAAGUACAGACAGCCGCAGCCAAGAGGGGGUCAUGGGGGCAGGUUCUAGUCAUACUCCCCUAAAAUGCACAUUACUGGCAUUUAUACCUAGAAGUGAGUUGAUUCAUUAACGUUUAGUUCCAAUUUAACAAGUGCUACAGACUAUACAAUUUAUAAGUCGGCUGGAGGACAAUGAACAAGAAUGGAAUUUCAUGGAACAGUUCUUAUUGCAACGGGCAGGAAAAAGAACGGCGUGUAUGACAACACGCAGGCUACGAUUAAAAUGCACUUGAGGGCCGCUGUAAUGUUUAUAAUUUAUGCCUUCAGCAUGCACUGCGGCACUGCAGCAUUGGUGUUUACUGUAGUAGAGAUUGUCUGACAUCUAGUAGUGUACUGUAGGUCAGAGAAAUGAUGUGGCUUGUUUGCUGUUGUACCUCUUUAUAUCACUGCUGCGCCUAAUGCACAUUACUGAUUAGACGCAUCGAUAUCUGAGGACGUCCUCAGUCCUCACGGGCCAUCAUCCUUGAAUGUUCUACAUUGAUUACUUGAUAAAGCCCAUGGUGGUCCCUCUUCUGCUAAUUGAUAUAAGACAUACCCCAUUCUCUCCUCCUUUUACCUCAUACCUCACAGUUCUGAAACUUGGAAGAUAUAGAACUAGCGAUUCCAGCUUUUUGUUUUACUGAAAAGGCCCAAAAAAUAAAAAAUGUUUAUAUUUGAUCCUUUCAGCAUCCCAAGACCUUGGGCCCUCUCCGAAGUCACUUUCUGAAUUUCCCUUCCCAACACUGCUGCCCCACUCUCACACAUGGAAACCCGACGCGUUUCACCAUUGUAGCAGCACAUGCGUCCCCUACUUCAUAGUCGCCAAUAGGGGAGAUGUGUCGGGGUAUCCCAAAGAGGCUGGGGCUUCCCCGGGGCUCCCAGUUCCAUUGUAAUUAGCGGCGGCCAUGAACCAUUAGCAGAUGUGCUGCUUGUAUACUGGAGACACAUCAAGUAAGCAUAAAGUAGUUCUGAUGUAAGCAAAAAGUGCUGAGCAUGUUAAUACAAAGGAGCCCCCUCUCUAUUACAUUGGGGGAGGGGGCAGUGUAUAAAGAAUAAAACAAAUAAGUUUCUAUUGAAAGUAGCUAAAUAACGUUUUCCCGGGAUCCUGCCUCUCCUCUCCCAUGGGAUGCUGAUCUCCCCUAGCACGUUCUCUUCUACUGUCUGGGACCCUUUCCCAAUGGACCCUGUCCCAUUUCAAUGACGCCUUCUUCACUGUAUAAAAUAAAACAAAUGCUAUGGGGUUUUCAAUUUUUAUGGUAUUUUACUUAUUGGCACUGGAAAACAUCUUUUUUUGGUUAAAAAUCGAAAACAAAAUAAGUGAAAUAAACGCUGAAAUCCGCAAUCCUUAUGUAUAAAUUACCGUUUGGAUUAUUUUUAACAUUAUCGUUUGAACAGAAGUUCUUUGAAUACAAUGGAAAGAUAUAAUGGGGAGGGAGGGGGGACGGUCUGUAUGGCGAUGAAGCUCAGUAACACAGUAGCAUAAUAUUUGCCAAUACAUGUUUCAGUCUGAUCUCUCUAGUUUGCUCUGAUAGAAUUUUAUACAUGAAGCACAAUGUGGCAGCUCAUGAGCAGGGCAAUGCGGAGCAGAACCGCCUCUGAUACCUCUCCCCUGUCGCAGGGAACGCUCUGUGUAACAUCCAGAGACUUUGUCUGUGGGUGCAGAAUGUAGGUUUAGGUGUCUGAUCACCGGAGUCGGUGUUAUAUCUGUAAUGUGACUGAUUGUAUAAAAUGCACAACAAAAGAAAAAUGACUACAGAUCAAAUAAUGGAGUUUUAAUUGAUUACGUAGGAAGAAAGUAACGUGUUGAAGCGACAACAGGUCUGUCUGUACCGCAAUGAAUUGUGGCCUUUACAGGUGCAGAAAUAUGUUGAUGUCCCAUUUGCCAUCCAGUGCAGGCUGUUGUUUUAGUUGUAACGUGAUCGUUUCUGUAUUUAGUUCUCACAUUGGAAGCAGCAGUUUUGUGGAGUCCAUAUUCCCGGAAAUGUAGCAUUUACUGUAGCAGAGGCUGCAUCUGGUUGUCCAGCGAUAUCUCUAGUUGCUAGAAAGCUGAUUGGCCGCAUUUGGUCCUAUAAGAAGGCUGCCUGCGGGUGCAAGUCUACAAAGAUUGUUAAGUCUUCGUCAAGCAACCAAUCACAGUCUUAGUUAAGCAAAAUGACAAUGAAUGUAAUGUUACAGACACGUUGUUGUUUGACCAUCCACUUCCAGAGGCUUUACUGCAUUUGUGUUUUGUACAGAAACUAAUAUGAGGGUCAUUCUGCAGCAGUUGAGUGGUUCUAUGGGGGGGAAAAAACGAACUUUAAAUAAGAUAAAUUACACCCCUGGCCCUCUCCCCCAAAACAAAUCAUAUGUUACUGACAAAUCACAACAACACAAUUGCGUUAUACAAAAGCAUCAAAUAUAACACUCCAGAUUUUGGUGUCUGUAGAAUAUGGAGGACACACUGGGGAGACCAAAUCAUAAAGACCAUGAAGCUGAUUUAUCAAUGAGUAGAGCUCUAGUCUACCGUAUGGAUCACCACACUAAUACCCCAGCAGUGCACACAAUAGCGGAAUCUCGACACCCAGCGGGGUGGUAAAUAAUUGGUUCAGCAACUACAAUACAGCAACUCUAUACCGGAAAACCAGAAUUUAUUUGCAACAUGAUGGUGAAUGAUUUUGUAUCCUUAUAGCAGGUAAUUUAAAGUGUUUUGUUUGAUUAUGUGUAAUGUAAAGCAGCAGUGUGACACACUCCGCAGAUUACAGAUUCAGCAACUGUGCAGGUAUAGUCAAGACUCUGUAUAAGUUAGGUAACCGCACCCACAGACGCCGAAGGGACUCAACCCACGUGUGUUACAUUUAUAGACACCAGUCCAAUUAAUUAGACCAAGUAAUUAUUCAUUUUUAUAAAAUGUAAAUUUAUAUAAGAGCUUACACCCCCUAAUAUUUUCCUUAUUGCUGUAUAAAGCCUUUCGCUGUGAAUGUGUAAUUUGCGCAGAAUGUUUUCUCGACUGCUGCUUAUUUUCUUAUCCCAUCGCAGAGGGGCUUGGCAUGGCCUUGCAUGCUCCUUCCGCCGCAGAGGGGUUAUAUGACAUCAUUCCAUUUGCUGGCUGAGCCAGAAUGAAUGGAUUUAAAGAGCUUUACUGUGAUUCUUUAUGUAAAGAAUUAGAGAAUACAAUGUAAACUGUGUUAUGUCAUUUGUAUAAACAUUUUUUUAAAUAACUAUUUAAUAAAUAAUAUUCCAUAA